AGGUGAUCAAUCUCGCAGUCUAAAAUUCAGUUCACUUCAAACGCGACUCGAAGCCGGUUUUUGCGAAAGUCGAAUCUUUUUAUUCUAGUUGUGAUUUCGUGGAAAUUUUGAUUGUUAUUCAAAAUGCGUUUCGCUCUGUUUGCUUUUCUAGCACUCUGCUUGCUGGCAUUCGUCCUGGCUACUCCGGCCAAGGACACCAAGAAGCCGGCCACCAACAGUUGCCAGCGAAACUGCGGCGAAGUCUACGAGCCCGUUUGCGCCAAGGCCAAAAACAGCAGCAAGGAACGCCUCAUCACCUUUGGCAGCCCGUGCGUCAUGUCCAACUACAAUUGCCAGCACGCCGACGAUCCAUUCGAGCAGAAGUCCAAGGGCGAGUGCGGUGGCGGAGUGAGCGUUCGUCUUUCUUAAGAACUGGAAGUCCAAUUUCAACAACUUUUACAAUUGAACAUCUUUCACUAAUGGUGCAAUAAAAUAUUCAUGUAUUUUUUAUUCCAA